AAAUUUUUUUUGAAUAGAACUUCAACUGAUUGUUGUGAGAGGUGGUGAAUUCUCUGUCAGGGAGGUUUGCAAGCUGAACACUCUCAGCUAAGGAACUUGAAGUUCCCUCUCCCUCUGGGCGUGGAUUUAGUUAGUUUCUACAUUCUGGUUCUCAAGUCUGUUCUCUCCUUCCCACUGCCUCCACUACUGCGGUAUAGCCUUGCAUCAUCUCUUGGCAAUAACAAUAUAAUAAUGAAUUAUAGCAGCUAAUACUUAGUGGAUGUUUACUGCUUGUCAGGUACUGCUUUAAGUGUUUUACAAAUGCUAACUCAUUCAGCCCUCAAGAUAACUCUUUCAAGGUAGCCAUUAUUAUCUCCUUUGCAUAUAUGGCACGUAGCUGUUAAGCAGCUUGCCCAGGUCACGAGCAUGGAGCAAGCGGCAGAGUGGAGUUCCGGUCCAGGUUGUCUGGCUUUCAAGUCAUGGUUUUUCACUACUGUUCUACUGUAUUUUACAUUGUUACUGUAACUCUCACUACUAUCCCAGUUUACAAAUAAGAAGUUCAGAGAGGUUGAGGGAUUUCCUUAAGGUCACAGAGCAAGAUGUGGCUGAGGUGGGAUUUAGAGCCAGGGCUGUUGGGUAUGAAACCCCCACACCUGAUUAUGCUGCUUCUGUAACUACGUCCACUGUAGUGGCCUCUAACUGACUUCCUGCCCAGCCUUUGUGCCUUAAAUCCACAAGUUUUUACCCUGGAAUCUGUGGAUGUGGCUGUCCCAGGUGAGAUUUGGUAUGUGUGUGUCAGUCAUGGUUUUAAAGCCCAGACUUCAUGCCUUCAUUGACUUCUCAGAGCAGUUUGUGAUCUCAACACAGUAGAGAUCACAAACCUUUGCCGUUUAGCCAGAGGGUGGCCCUUGGGUAGGGUGAAAUCCCUGUCUUUGUCCUCGUUCCCCACCUUGGUGUGGGUCACUGGCUGCAGGAUGAACUGUCGCUCGGAGGUGCUGGAGGUGUCAGUGGAGGGUCGGCAGGUGGAGGAGGCCUUGCUGGCUGUGUUGCACACGGUGCUCCUGCACCGCAGCACUGGCAAGUUCCACUACAAGAAGGAGGGCACCUACUCCAUUGGCACCGUGGGCACCCAGGAUGUCGACUGUGACUUCAUCGACUUCACCUACGUUCGUGUCUCUUCUGAGGAACUGGACCGCGCCCUGCGCAAGGUUGUUGGGGAGUUCAAGGAUGCGCUGCGCAACUCUGGUGGCGAUGGGCUGGGGCAGAUGUCCUUGGAGUUCUACCAGAAGAAGAAGUCUCGCUGGCCUUUCUCAGAUGAGUGCAUCCCAUGGGAAGUGUGGACGGUCAAGGUGCACGUGGUAGCCCUGGCCACAGAGCAGGAGCGGCAGAUCUGCCGGGAGAAGGUGGGCGAGAAACUCUGUGAGAAGGUCAUCAACAUUGUGGAGGUGAUGAAUCGGCAUGAGUACCUGCCCAAGAUGCCCACACAGUCGGAGGUGGAUAACGUGUUUGACACAGGCUUGCGGGACGUGCAGCCCUACCUCUACAAGAUCUCCUUCCAGAUCACCGAUGCCCUGGGCACGUCCGUCACCACCACCAUGCGCAGGCUCAUCAAAGACACCCUUGCCCUCUGAGCCCGCCCGGUCCCCGGGAGCUCCUCCAUGGCUCCCAGACCUUGGCUUUGGGGGAUUGUACUGUUAGGCCUGUGGGCCUUGGAACCUGCUCUGGGUCAUGGGUGAGACUUGGAAGGGGCAGCCGCUGGUUUCGCUUUGUGGUUGCCAGCCUCUGGUCAUCCUUUUCACCUUUGCAGAUGGUUCAGUCCUGCCUGUACUGUCCAUACCCUUGGUGGGGCCCCUUCCUUCUCUACUGUACAGAAGAGCUACCGCUAGGAUGGGGAAUAAAAUUGAGAAUGUGAGUUUGGGUGGA